UUUAAAAAUUAAUAGAAUGGACAGAGUUUAUUCUUUAAGUGUUUACGAAACCCCUACACAUUUCUAUAUAAUUGGUUCAGAUGCAACAGAAAGUAUAUUUCGAACGCUUAAAAUUGACAGAAUUACACAAAAUGAAUUUAUAGUUGGGGAGCCAAAUCAUGAUUAUAGCAAAGCUGAUAUUGGUGAACUUCUUGCAACAGUUUCUUCAAGUUCAAUAGUGACACCAACUGAAAAAUGGGGAAGAAAAAGAAAUAGUACAGUCUCUACGGGAGGAGGGCUUUUACGAACUUUAGAGAAGGCAUGUGGAUUGAUUGGAGCUGUUCGGUUUUUACAUGGAUAUUAUUUACUUUUAGUCUCUAAAGCAAAACAAAUUUGUCAAAUUGGAAAUCAUUCAAUUUUUAAAGUUGAAGAUGUUUCGAUGAUUUAUUUACCUUCAACUUCAACUCCUUUACCUCCAGAAGAACAAAAAUAUGCAAAAUUAUUUCAGACAGUUGAUUUUACAACAAAUUUUUAUUUUUCUUAUACAUAUAAACUCAGUCGAACUUUACAAGAAAAUUCUUUAGCAGAAAAAGGAAUUAAAUGGAAUAAAAAUAAUUAUAAAUUUAAGGAAAGUGAACAAAAAUUUGUUUGGAAUGAUUUUUUACUUGAACCGUUUAGAAAGAGCCGGGUGAAUAAAAAAUGGUAUUUAGAACUUGUACAUGGAUAUAUUGGUCAUCAAUUGGUAGAAUUGCCCUGUGCUAAAUUUGAUUUAAUUCUUUUGGCUAGACGCUCUGCUGAAUUUGCUGGCACUCGUUUUUUAAAAAGAGGUACAAAUUACAAAGGAGCUGUAGCUAAUGAUGUCGAAACUGAGCAAAUUGUAUGGGAAGUUAGCAAUUCGGGAAGUUUAAAUUCUGGAAAAUUUUCUGCUUUUGUUCAACGAAGAGGGUCCGUCCCUCUUUUUUGGUCACAAGAUUCAAUGCAUAGAGGGGCUCCAAUGGUUGUUGGAAAACCUCCAAUAGUGAUUGAUCGUGUAGAACCAAAUGCUUUAACAACAGCAAUACAUUUUCAAGAUUUGAGGAGAAAAUAUGGCCAUCCAAUUAUUGUUUUAAAUUUAGUUAAAAGAAUGGAACAGAAACAUAAUGAAAAUUUACUUCACGAUAAUUUUUGUAAAACAAUUCAAUAUUUAAAUCAAUUUCGACAUUCUGGACAUUGUAUUGACUAUAUUAGUUUUGAUGUUAGUCGUUGUAAUAAAACAGGUCGAGUACUUCAACAAUUAGACCGUCUUGGUCAAAGAGUUGUUUUGGCUACUGGAUGGUUUCAGAAUUUUCCUUCGCUUAAAUUUCGAGAUCCCUCAAAUCUAAAUUCAAUACCUUUUGGGGCUGAAGAUGUUGUUUAUCGUUUUGAACCAGAAAUGUCUUCUGAUAAUCGAAUGCUUUUACAACAUGGAAUUGUUAGGUCAAAUUGUGUUGAUUGUUUGGAUAGAACUAAUGUAGCACAAUUCGGAUUAGGAAAAGCAGCUCUUUGUUGGCAAUUAUUCUCUAUGGGACUUUUAGAUUCUCCAUCUCCCCAAUCAUUAAGUAAUGAAUUUUGUAGAAGUUUUGAAGAAUUAUAUGAUGAACAUGGGGAUACUUUGGCAUGGCAAUAUGCUGGAUCUCAACUUGUUCAUUCCAUUAAAACUUACAAGAGGACUGCUGUUUUUCAAGAAAGAAGUAGGGAUGUAUUACAAACAUUGUCUCGUUAUUAUAGCAAUACGUUCAGUGAUUUUGAAAAGCAAGAUGGAAUUAAUUUAUUUUUGGGGACUUACCGGUUGGUUUAA